AAAAAGGAAUCAGCGAGAAAAAUAUGGAAGUGCUGUUAUUCUUGCACGCGUGUAGACACCACACGUACGAGCGACGAUGAGUCAAGAAGUUUCUCAAAUCCUCCAGGAAACUACUGUUGGCCACCUUUAUAACUCCUUCCCAAACCCAUUAUUACUUCUUCGUUAAGUUCAGAAUUUGUUCAAAUUACCCUCUUGUUUUCCCAAUUCCAAACCCUAAUUUCUCAAUUUCGAGUCAGAUAGCCUGAAGGUUACUCGGAUUUCUCUAAGAUGUGGAACCAACAGCCAUUUGGGAAGACCGACGUGGAGUCGGGAACAAGCGGAGUGCUGUAUCCAACGAUGUUGGAGUCGCCUGAACUCCGGUGGUCAUUCAUUCGGAAGAUAUACUCUAUCGUCGCCAUACAGUUACUUCUUACCGUCGCUGUCGGUGCCGUCGUUGUCUCUUAUCAUCCCAUUGUCACUUUCAUGACAACAACCACCGGUGGAUUGGUUUGUUAUAUUGUUCUCAUCAUCGCGCCAUUCAUAACCCUGUGCCCAUUGUACUACUAUCAUCAGCGUCAUCCGAUCAACUAUCUGCUUCUUGCGAUCUUCACUGUGACUCUUGCUUUCGCAAUCGGUUUGACAUGCGCAUUCACUAGCGGGAAGGUGAUAUUGGAAGCUGCUAUUCUGACUGCGGUGGUGGUCGUGAGUUUGACCUUGUUCACUUUUUGGGCUGCAAGAAGAGGCUACGACUUCAACUUCUUGGGGCCAUUCUUGUUUGGUGCCAUUAUGGUUCUUAUGGUCUUUUCUCUCAUUCAGAUUUUCUUCCCUUUGGGUAAGAUUUCAGUGAUGAUAUACGGGUGUCUGGCUUCCAUUGUCUUUUGUGGGUACAUUGUUUAUGAUACUGAUAAUCUGAUCAAACGCUACACAUACGAUGAGUACAUAUGGGCUUCUAUCUCGCUUUAUCUUGAUAUCAUCAACCUGUUCUUGUCGCUGCUUACUGUUUUCAGAGCUGCUGAUAGUUAGAUGUUUGGUAUGAUGGAUAUGAUACUUUGUUAAUUGCAUCCUGUUGAUAUAUAUGCACACACGAAAUGAUGUAUUGGAAUUGUGGAUAAACAUAUGAGAUGAUAUUGGUUGCUUUUUCAACUUGGUUGCUAUGGAGCUAGCUAUUCGUUUAA